AUGGAUACCACAAAGGAUCAUCAAAAUGUUGUUACCUUAGACGUCCAUGGUGCCAAAGAUCUGCUACAUUCAUCUGGUUACAAUUAUCUUGAUGUGAGGUCAGUGGAGGAAUUCAACAAAAGCCAUGUCGAGAAUGCUAUUAAUAUCCCCUAUAUGUUCAAGACAGAAGAAGGACGGGUGAUAAAUCCUGAUUUUGUUAGCCAAGUAGAAGCAAUAUAUAAGAGUGAGGAUCACUUAAUUGUGGCUUGCAAUAGUGGUGGAAGAUCAAGUCGAGCCUGUGUUGAUCUCCAUAAAUCGGGAUUUCAAAAAAUUGUUAACAUGGGUGGAGGCUAUUCUGCGUGGGUGGACGCUGGAUUUGCAGGUGACAACCCUGCACAAGACCUUAAAACAGCUUGCAAUUUCCAUCCAUAA